CAACUACCUUCCUUUUUACCUCCAAAAUUGAUCAGAGCAGAGCUUCCCCUGUUCUUCUCCCCUACCUCUACCCUAUCCUCUGUCCUCGUCGUCCUCCCCUUAAACGGGCCAUGGAAUCGAACCCAGAAAGCCUCUGGAUUGUGGCUCUUGCCUUGAGAUGCAGAGCCUUCUCAAUGGAAAACAUCUUCUGUUCACUUGCCUUGCUGUCCGUUGCCUGGGUGGCCUUUACGUUAAUUUACUGGACUCACCCGGGCGGUCAUGCCUGGGGCAAGCACCGGUGGCGGGACUCGUCCUGUCUCAUGGAGAACAUCCCCGGCCCCAGAGGACUGCCUCUUCUCGGCAGCAUGAGCCUCAUGCUUGGUCUUGCCCACCGCCGCAUCGCAGAUGCCGCCAGCUCGUGCGGUGCGAGGCGUCUUAUGGCCUUCAGCCUGGGUGAUACCCGGGUGAUCGUGACGUGCAAUCCCAACGUGGCCAGGGAGAUCCUCAACAGCUCGGUUUUCGCGGACCGCCCGGUGAAGGAGUCGGCUUAUAGCCUGAUGUUCAAUAGGGCAAUCGGGUUCGCUCCUUAUGGAGGGUACUGGCGGACCCUCCGGAGGAUCGCUGCGACCCACCUCUUCUGCCCCAAGCAAAUCAGGGCCUCUGAGAAUCAGAGACGGAUGAUUAGCUAUCAGAUGAUAACAAUGCUCGGUCAGAAUAAAAGGCGACCUGUGACUAUCCGCCACUUACUGAAAUGGGCAUCGCUAAAUAACAUGAUGUGCUCUGUUUUUGGACGGUGUUACGGGCUAGAAUCAGAUGGUUCCUCAAACAUUGAAGUCGACGAACUGAAAGAGCUGGUCGAUGAGGGGUACGAGUUGUUAGGCACACUUAAUUGGGGUGACCACCUCGCCUGGCUCUCACAUUUCGAUCUUCAUAAGAUUCGAGGGAGAUGCACUCGGCUUGUUCCCAAAGUAAAUGAAUUCGUGAACCGUAUCAUUGCCGAACAUCGAGCUCAUCCCUCUGUUGUGAACCGGGACUUUGUCGACGUUCUGCUGUCCCUUCAAGCCGGUCCUGAUAAACUGUCUGACUCGGACAUGAUCGCUGUUCUCUGGGAAAUGAUAUUCCGAGGGACCGACACGGUGGCGAUAUUGAUGGAGUGGAUACUGGCAAGGAUGGUAAUGCAUAGGGAUGUGCAACGGAAGGUGCAGGAGGAGCUUGACGGCGUCUUUGGAAUGGGAUCGAAGUCGACAAGCACCGUGGACGAGCCAGGCAUGGCCGGGCUGGUGUAUUUAACAGCAGUGGUUAAGGAAGUCCUGAGGCUCCACCCACCGGGCCCACUACUAUCCUGGGCCCGCUUGACCACUGCAGACACCAUCGUCGACGGCCACCAUGUCCCAGCUGGCACCACCGCCAUGGUCAACAUGUGGGCCAUCUCCAGGGACCCUCUCAUAUGGGAUGACCCUCUAGCGUUCAAGCCCGAGAGGUUCCUUUCUCCGAAUGGCGAUACUGUAGCAGACGUCGAGUUCUCGGUACUUGGCUCGGACCUCAGGCUCGCCCCAUUUGGAUCAGGCAGGCGGACCUGCCCAGGGAAGGCGCUGGCUCUGACCACGGUCACCUACUGGGUGGCGUCUCUCCUGCAUGAGUUCGACUGGUUGCCAACCGAUGAUAGACAAGUCGACUUAUCGGAGGUCCUCAAGCUCUCGUGCGAAAUGGCAAAUCCACUCACCGUUAUUCCACGUCCAAGAUGCACUUGACUGAUACCAUCCCACUUCACUAAUCGUUGGAAAUCACGACAGAAAAAGGCAGAAAAAUUUAAUGGCGAAUUAGAUCCAUGUAGUGUUGGGUAUGGUUUGACCCUAUUUCAAGCCCAAUUGACCCACUAAAUAACGUGCUGAAAUGGAAUUACCUUUUGAUUUUAGAGAUAAACUGGGAUUUCUCGUACCUUUUUAUUUUCAUUCAUAUAUCUAUUAGAUGUGUUAGCCUCGUCCACUAGAAAAUAAAGACUACAAUUUCAUUUUUGUAAUUUUUUUUUGUAAA